GAAGAAAUGCUAUUUGUCAGCAGCAGAAGCGCUACAGGAAGCAGAACGAGAUCGACGACCACAGAUACUGCACACAUACACAUAGAUAGAGAUGACUUCCUAAAAACAGACAUCAAGCUCUCGGACGAUAGGAAAUUAAUACAUUCACUGCAUACAAAAUUGAACGUGGGAGAGUUGGAAAUGGAGAAACAGCAGUCGCCUGGCACGGGCAGUCCGAUGUUGCCUCCUAUGCUGCCCAGAAAACCACGAACCCUCGGAGGAGGACACCCUGCGUCUCGACAAGACAGUGCGGAUUCAUUAGACAGCCCCACUGGAUCUCAUGUGGAGUGGUGUAAACAGCUUAUAGCAGCCACUAUCUCCAGCCAGAUCUGUGGCACUGUCCCUCCAGAAGCCAUGACCCGUGAGUGCAUGUUUCAGGAUUCUGGUGAAGAGCACGGUUAUCAGUGUGACAGUGACUCUGAGCUGCUGUCUCAUACUCCGCAAGUAUUUGGAGGUAGGCAAAGGCAAGCGCCUAUGGAUGUAGUGCCACUGGUCCCAGGAGAGACAAUCAAAACCACUGUUAAAGACGUGAUGUAUAUCUGUCCUUUCACUGGAGCUGUGACCGGCACUCUGACAGUCACAGACUGCAAACUCUACUUUGUCAGUCUUGAAAGGGAUGCUCCUUUUGUGUUGGAUGUGAACCUUGGUGCCAUCAGCAGGCUAGAGACUAUCAGUGUACAGAGCCAUGGAGAGAAUACUAAUGGCAUGGAAAUCAUCUGUAAGGAUAUGAGAAGUACCAGGUUUGCCCAUAAAAAGGAAGAGCAGAGUAAGCUGGAGAUUUUGGAGACGCUGACCAAGCAUGCCUUCCCCCUGUCCAAUGACCUGCCACUCUUUGCCUUCCAAUACAAAGAAAAGUUUCCAGAGGAUGGAUGGAAGGUUUAUGAUCCAGUGGCAGAGUACAAGAGAAUGGGUUUGCCAAAUGAGAGCUGGACCAUCAAUAAGAGUAACAUUAAUUAUGAAGUGUGUGACACCUAUCCUGCUUUGUUUGUCACCCCAAAAAGUAUUGAAGAUGACGAGAUCAAACGAGCGGCCUCUUUCAGAGCUAAACACCGCAUACCGGUCCUUUCAUGGAUCCACCCAGAAACCCAGGCCACUAUAGUGCGCUGUAGUCAGCCGAUGGUGGGCCCAACAGACCGCCGGUGUAAGGAAGAUGAGCACUACCUACAGACCAUUAUGGAUGCCAAUGCACAGUCCCAUAAACUCACUAUAUUUGAUGCUCGGCAGAAUACUGUGGCUCAUAAUCACAAGGCUAAAGAUGGAGGUUAUGAGAAUGAGAAUUUCUACCCCAACAUGGAGCUGAAUUUCCUGGAGAUACCAAACAUUCAUGUUAUGAGAGAGUCUCUGCGUAAGCUGAAGGAGGUGGUUUACCCCACCAUUGAUGAACACCACUGGCAUUCAGGCAUAGAUGCCACUCACUGGCUGGAGUACAUCAGGCUUUUGCUAGCGGGUGCAGUACGGAUUGCAGAUAAGGUGGAGUCCAGUAAGAGCUCAGUGGUGGUGCACUGCAGUGACGGCUGGGACCGCACAGCUCAGCUCACCUCUCUAUCCAUGCUGAUGCUGGACUCCUACUACAGAACUCUCAGGGGCUUCCAGGUGCUGCUGGAGAAGGAAUGGAUCAGCUUCGGACACAAGUUUGCUGCGCGUGUUGGUCAUGGAGACGAAAAUCAUGCGAACUCUGAGCGCUCCCCUCUAUUUGUGCAGUUUAUUGACUGUGUUUGGCAAAUAAUGAGACAGUUCCCUACUGCCUUUGAAUUUAAUGAGCUCUUCCUCAUCACCAUCCUGGACCACCUCUACAGCUGCCUGUUUGGAACAUUCCUUUACAACAGUGAACAGGAGAGAGUAGAAAAGGAAGUGAACAGUAAGACAGUGUCUUUGUGGUCCUACAUCAAUAGCCAGCCUGAGGACUUCACCAAUCCCUUCUAUGUGGACUAUGAAAACCAUGUGCUGUACCCCCUGGCCAGUAUCAGGCAUUUAGAGCUGUGGGUUGGAUACUACGUACGCUGGAACCCCCGUAUGAGACCACAGAUGCCUGUUCACCAGAACCUGAAGGAGCUGCUGUAUUUGCGAGCGGAGCUUCAAAGGAAGGUAGAGGAGUUACAGAAAGAAGUAUCUUCAUCGCGCUCUAUCUCCUCUUCUUCAGAGCACGCAUACUCUCCCUCACAUGGUAGUACACCCCUACACACCAGUGUUUAAAAAGCAUGCGGAAACUCAGUCACAGAUGAGAGAAGUCAUCCACAACAGGUUGUGUAGAAAUAAUCUGUUGGUUACAUUAAACUUAUCUGUUUGUCAUUUAUACUCACUGGAAAAUGCUUUGGGUUUGAAUGUACAGAGGCCCAGCGUUUACUACACACUCAGGAGAAAGCUUGAAUUCACUGCAUGAACACCCAAAAUGAAUUGAAAAGCUUUUGAUCGUAGAUUCAAUAAUACAGGUUGUGAAAAAUAGCCAAGUAUUUUAACUUACAUGUUUAAUUUCCAAUGUUUGACUUGUAAAUAUGCUCAAAUUUAAAUAAUUUAUUGGUAUGUUGCUGAAGUAAUUGUCUUUUUUAAAACACAUUUAUAGUCCCCAACAAAUGUGUCCUUUUGCUAUUGUUUUACUGUUUAAUAGUUUCUAUUUUUCCUCAGCAUAGCCUGCCUCUGUGCCAAUAACAGUACAACCUAGUCAAAUUUCACCUCGGUUUUAGCUCUUUAAUAAAUUGUACAAAACAUUUCUUGUUGAACUUGGAUUAUGUGUCAGGCCUUUUAGGUUGGUAGGAUAGUUGUUUUACAUUAGUUAUAUGGAGAAUGGGUUCUUGAUAGUGUUGAAGGCGGAGAAAAGUUGUGAUACUGCCGUUUUGGAACCACAUAUUUUAUUUUCCUCUCACAAGCACUUGUUAGUGGGAAAGUAGAAUCACGUGCAUAAAAUACCAGUGAGUGCAGCCUGUAGUGUAGGUAAUGUUUACAUACACACUUUACCCUGUACUACUGAAAUGUAUGUUUACACCGCUGAACGUAAAAUAGGGACCAUCAGAUGAUUAUAUUAUAUAAAAUUGGUAAAGUAUAUACAGUGUGUAUAUAUAUAUAUAUAUAUAUAUAUAUAUAUAUAUAUAUAUAUUAUUGAUAAUAUACAGUAUUAAUUGAAAGUUUCACAGUUUUGUUUCCCAUAUUAUAUAUUAUGUUCUCUUCAAUAGAAGCCUUUAUCUUCAUUUAAAGGUUGCCAACAUUUGUACCUCCCCUUAUUGUUAUGUAAUUAUAUAGUGUGGGGAACAAUUCAGAUCAGUGGAACAGCUCAGGGUCUGCACCUGAAGAAUAUGCCAAUUAUUGUUUCAAAAACCUGUUUACUCGUAAUCUUUAAAACGCACCUUUAAAAAAUGUCUUGUUUUCCUCCUUGAUGUUUUUUGUUACCCCUUUUUAUUUUUCAAUAUACACAAAAAUUCUAUGUCAGACUGACAUACUUGAAGAGAAAUAAAUUAAUCAAAGACUAGAUUCACUGUUUAUUAUUGGGUUUCUUUAUGGUGAUCUGUUACUGCCAGGUAUAGCCAGUAAGUUACAAAGUGAAAUUUGAGAACACAUUUGAAUACAUUUAGAAAUGAUAAAUUUAACAUGUAGAAAAGGACUGCCAGAUUAAACAUGUGAUUGUGUGUCUUCGUUACAUUCUGUAUUUGAGUGCGCAGGCACUAAAGAAAGCAGUGAGAUUUUACGCAGAGGGUCAAUAUCUCUUUGAGGUACAGUUAAAGCCAAAUUUAUAUUUAUGCAAUAAACGGCAGACCUAAGAUUGUAACUACAACAAUGACAGCAUUACAAUCUCAUAUGUGGCAGUAACAUGAUACAUGAACUAAACUGGCAGUGCAAAUCCAAAACACUUCCAAAAAUGUAUCGCCCAAUAACACAUUUCACAAGUUCAUAAAUAAACCCAGUACACAAGAAAAACCUUUAAUAUCUACAGCUAAAAUCCAAAACAUGCAUGUAUGUACAGCUCUGCGUGUACACCCUUGUUUUGACAAAAUUGCAACUACUGGCCGAACAAUUCCAGAGAGCCUGAAGAUCCUUACAAAUACAACCUCCACUAUAUGAACUGCUGGUAUACUACUAAUAUGGUCAAUGGAAAGAAUCAGGGAGGUUUUAACAGUCAGAUCAUGCAUCUAAGCAACAUAUUUGGAAGCAGUUCUAAUAAAUGUUUUUUUGUUUGUUUUUUCAAAACAAAUAAGUGAUAGGAGUUGUUAAAAAUGCUCAAUACACUUGUGAAUUUACACAUUUGUCUUUACAAAAACCUUUGUAUCUUUUACUUCUCUAAUGGUGAAGUCUGAUUUACACAUUCAUUGCUUUUCCCAAUGGAUCACUUGAUCAACACCAAAGCUGAAGAACACGCAAAAAGGCAAAACCAUCACCUACAUGUUUCAUAUUUGGUGUUCUAAUUUCUGACAAGUGUAGCACCAAUAAAGCUACAUUGUUCUUGUAGCCUAUCAAACAAAAUCAUAAGAGUAAAAAAGAGUUACAUUCAGCUAACAUUCUGUUCGUUUUCACCAUAGAUGAGGUACAAAAGCCUUGUUAGGACACAUUGUCAUGUGUAGAGGUGGCCAACAUUCAAAUAUUGUGCCAUUAUGUUUCAGACAUUAGUAUCAUCUACUUCUGUAACUAUAGUUAAUUUUGGGUAUGUGAGAGAACAAUAUUUUGGAUCUGUUCAAACUGUUGUCCUGUGUUAAAAUGAAACUGAUUGUUCCAUCUAGUUUGCACACAUUUAAAUGAGCCCUUCAACGGAUGCGAGUGUAAGUGUUUCCUUUUGUAGGUUAGUAGGGUAGCGUGUCUUCCCUAAUGUUAGCGUGGUAAGGCAUCGGAAGGAAAGCACCAUUGGCAAGGGCUGGGGGGUAAUAAAGGUGCACCUGAAUUCACAGUGAAAAACAACAGCUACAGGAAAGUCUGGAGCAUCAAGUGGGGGAUAAAAUGGCAAGGACUGAGCUGCUAAACUCUACUUGCUUAUUCUCUUGACAAUUCUAGAUGGUGACCUUCCAAAUCAGAAGAAAUAAAGGGCCUGGUCUUGCUCAAAGGCCGUACCCUUGCAUGAAGGCAAGUGGAGCGGACAAAUCAUCCAUAACAGACAAGUGGGAAUGCAGCCAGGGAUUCGUUAAGGCAAUAGCAAAACUAAACAGGGUGCAACAGGUCUACAAGGGCUCUAAAAAGUAUUGAAAGCUAAAGCACAAACAUGCUACAAACAAUACAAACACUAGACUAGGACAAUUACUACGCCGUGUAAUUCAAGGGGGGGGGGGGGCACAAACAUUUAUGUACAUUUUCUGCUACAAGUGUAAAUAGGGAUACACUGAUACGACGGUUUCAGUUCAAACUUCGGAGCGGUACACAAUAUACAAGCACGUCAAUCCCUUAAAAUCCCAAAAAGGCAAUCAGUCAGAUAUACAAGAGUUACUACACUGCUUAAUUAUUGUGCUAACAUGAAAACACAACUUGAUUUAUUUCCACCCGUGACUUACUUCACGCUAAUGUUUCUAGGCCUUCUUAUCACACUAAAUCCACCUAUCCCUUAAAAGAAGGAUUUUCAAUCACUGACAUCCAGCUAAUACACACAAAAACAGUCAACACGAUUUCUUCAUCAACAAAACCACACCUUCACAGUUAUACUUCAUUUGAAUCAUUGUUUCAUUUAUAUAGCAAAUUAGACGGUAAGCAGCCGUUGGUUAGUUUUGGACUCCAGUCGCAUUUUCUCUCUCUCUCUCUCUCUCUCUC